AAAUCAUACAUGUCCUGCUCCGAGUCCAUACUCUCUGCGCUCCACAGCGAUGCGUACAUACAACUUGUAUGAGAGACUGCGCAGGAUGACAGCACCCUGCUUCAAAGUCGCCGAGGGAGGUAUAAAGCCCAACCUUUCCUUCCCUCCUACCUCACAAAUUCCCUUCUUUCUUUUCUUUCUCAGGUCUCCUUCCUGUCGCUCCUUUUACCGUCCUUGCGAUCUUGCUCUUUGACGACUCGUCCAUCUAUCUUAUUUGCUAGCCAUGGCCCGCUUCUCAUUCGUGUUCGCUUCCCUGGCGCUCGCGCUGCUUGCCAGCGCCACGCCGAUGCCCCGCCUCGAGUCGGUGCCGGCGCAUGCGACGAAGCUUUCCAUCGACGAUGUCACGAAGCGCAUCAUCGCAUACGACGCGCGCGGUGUGCACCUUGGUUUUGUUGAGCGCAGCGCCUUCCCGAAGGUCAAGCGCGACGACGUCGGCGCCUGCAGCUCGAUGAGCGCAGACGAUGUCCAGAAGCUUCCCGGCUGGGAUCAGCUCGAGCAGAAGGCGAACGACAACUGGGGUGACGGCUCGCGCAAGAUCGUUACCAACGAUGAGGACUACCCUGAGCAGCCCGCGCAAAUCUGCGCUGAGGAUGCCGGCGACAUCACCAUCGACGGCGACCCCGAGUGCACGACGCAGUCGCAGUCGCUCGACACGACCGUCUCCGGCACGAACGGCACCGCGACAGUCAGCGAGACCACCGGCACCAAAUUCUCCUCCUCGCAGACCGUCUCCCAAGAAGCCUCCCUCGCCAUCGGCGAGACCGUCUCCGUCAAGGUCGGCAUCCCCGAGGUCGCCGAUGUCACCUCCUCCACCUCCGUCGAGGCCAAGUUCACAAACACGCUCUCGACGACGGAGACGUCCGAGAACAACCAGCAGACGACGCAGACGGUCGCGAUCGCGGUGCCGAACGGGAAGACGUGCAAGGUGAACUUCGACGUGACGACGUGCACGACGCAGGGGUCGGGGCAGGUGCCGUUCGUGGCGACGGGGUGGGUGUGGUUCGAGUACGACGAUAAGACGGAGGGGCAUUACAAGUGGGCGCUCAAGAUCGACGACAUUGUGGCCAACAAGGACGACCGCUCGACCUUCCUCAAGUUCGACGCCCAGGUCAAGUCGGACACGAACGGCGAGUACAAGGCGGACUGCUAAGCGGGCUUUGCUUUUGGAUCGGUGUCCUGUGGAACUUCCCCUCGGUCUGUGAAGAGACUGCGGUGCUCGCCUUGGGACUACGAUUAUCGGAGACGCGCCACGACUUUGUGAUGUUAUUUAUCUUGUUAUUUAUCCUUGUCGCGGGAUUUGUAUGGAGGGA